AUGAAGACUGGACACUUGUUGCGCUCCUAUCCCGCCCCGCCCCUGCCUAUCGUCACGCCGCAGCAGGAAGCUCUUGUCACGCUGGAGCUAACACACGGAGCUGUCUGCAGGAGCUGGGACCAACACAACCACACCACCGACUUUCCCACUCUUUUCUCCCCACAAACUGCGCUCCCAGGCCGGGUACAUGGAGCCAGGCGUCCGCACAGAACCACAGCAUGGACCCGUGUGAGCUGUCGAGGAAGGAGGCGCCCCUGA